CAGAAGAGUGGGGAGGAGAGUAGGAGGAGGCUUUGAGGUAAACAAACAGAAAAUCCCUGGCAAUCAGAACGAAACACAAUGUUUGGCAGUUUAUUAUUUCAGUUGAUAAACCUACAAGCUUGAAUUAAAUGUGAUCUAGUUUCAUGCAUUUUAUUAAGUUUCAAGUUUGACUUAACAUGUCAUAUUCCCGGAGGUAGUGUGAGCUUUGGAGGUUAUUAAGUGUUUUGACUUGACAUUCCAAGUCAAUACCACAGGAGUUAAAGCAAACCAAGUUUUGACAACAUCUUUGACAGCUUGGUCAUGGAGCCCGUGUCAGAUUUGAAGCCUCGGAUUUUCAAACAGCCGUAUACGAAAACAACCAAUCGGUCAGAUGGGCUCCUUCUGAAAAUUCAUCACACGGCUCCUGGUCCUACGGGAGACAUCAGACGCACCAGAUUCUUGUUUUCUUCGUUUAGCUGUUGCGACGAAUUACUUGCUGUUGCUGACCACAGAGGCAACAUAUUUGUAGUUGACUUGACCAACAGUGUAUUUUGGCCAUUGGGUAAACAAUUUUCAUUGUCGCUUUUGUCAUUCCACUGUCACAAGAAAAGCGAACUCGUAAUUGGUACAAAGCAAUGCAGCUUGCUCCUUUUAAACACAGAAACUGGACGUCACCUUGCCACUCUGAGUGGACAUACGGAAGCUCCUACCAAGGUCACAUUCAGCUCAGAUGGAAAUUACUGCCUGUCUGUGGCUAGUUGUGAGGGUUUCAUAUGGGAUUUAAAGACUCUAACGCAAGCGCAUCGUCUGAAUUUGCAGCCAGGCAUGGCUAUAAAGCAGGCCAUAUUCAUGCCAAUAUCGGACAACAUUCUAGCUUGCUUUCAAGAUGACGCCAUACAUAUCUGGGGCUUUCCGUCCUUUCAAUGUGUCAAGCAAGUUGUUCCAGACACUUGGAAAGGGGACAGUAUCAGAAGCCUGGCAUUUACAAGGAAUGGCAGAGCCAUGGUUCUUGGUGGUGCAUCCAGGCAAUUGGUCAUUUUUACCGUAGAAGAUUGGGACUGCCAGAGAGUGAUACUACUACCAGACUAUGUUUCCAAAGUGGAACAUUUGGAGUUUCUGCCCCAAGCAUUUGAUUCGGGUGCUAAUCAGAUUCUUGUAGUUCUAUUAGAUUCUGGAAAAUUACUAUUUUUGGAUCUCACAAAAGAGACUAUUAUGGAAUCCAAAACUGAAAAUAAUAUUAGCAGUUUCACAUGCAGCAGGUCUGGAAAAUAUGUCGUCUGUAAUACAGUGUCUGGUGAAUCAAAAAUUUUUAGUGGCUCCCAGAUGCUGUCAAAUGUUGUAAGGGGUCCUGGGAAAGACCCUGCUCAAUCAAAGAAUGAAGCUUUGAACUUAGAAUCUGUUCCCCUCCCUGAAAUGCAGCCAAACACUAAUCCACCCAAAAAACCAAUUAAGUUGCCUUCCAAGAAGAGUUUAUCUAAAAUCAAUGAACAGUUUGACACUGUCUUAGAUAUAAACAGGUUGCGAAGAAUUCUAAAAGAAUUCUAUGAAUAUUCAGACCAAUAUCGGGGUCUUAUUUGGCGGUCCAUUCUGAGAUUACCUGGCAAUAAAGGCCCUUGGAAAAGCCUCUCUGAAAGACCCCUUCACCCAGCUGCUCAAGAUUUGUCACUUAACAAUCUUUGUCACAACAAAAUUUUGUAUAGUUGUUUGCAGAGUGUAAUCAGCUGUUUAGCAUAUUGGUCUCCUGUGUUUGGUGAACUCCCAUAUCUACCGCAGUUCUUACUGCCAUUCAUCAAGGCUUUCCAUUCUGAUAAGUUUGUUUGUUUUGAAGUUGCCACUACACUAAUUAUUAAUUGGUGCCAACACUGGUUUGAAUAUCUUUCAUUCCCGCCUGUAAACGUUCUUGGCAUGAUUGAAAAUGUUUUGACUGAGCAUGAUCAUGACUUAGUUUCCAUGUUUUGUAAUGCUGGUGUAACAUCUCGCCAAUAUGCAUGGUCCCUUUUAUCAACAGCAUUUUCUGAGGUACUGACAUCAGCCCAAUGGAAGCAACUUUGGGAUCAUGUACUAUCCAACCCUCCAUGGUUUCUUCUCUUUGCUGUGGUCGCUUAUAAUAUGUGCUGCCGUGCUUCCCUUAAAACGUGCUCAUCAAAACAAGACUUUGAUUUUUUCUUCCAACACCAAAAUCCUAUUAAUAUGAAAUACUUCUUAAAAAAAUGCUAUGACUUAAUGGAGAAAACUUCAAGUGAAAACCACCCUCGUCAAUACCUGAAGCCAUUUAGUCCAUUGUCAAAAGGGAACUAUCCUGUCUUCUCAGAAUUUCCCAAAUUUAUUGUGAACUAUCAGAAAGAACAGCGAGAUGCCAUUCGUCGAGAAGAAGAAAACAUUUUGAAGGAACAGCAAAUGGUUCUUUCUCGAAGGUUGGCUUGUGAAGAGACGCGAAUGAGAGAAAAGAAAGCUCAGGUUCAUGAAGCCCGUCUCCUAGAGGCUGAAAAAGCAGCAAAUGCUGCUCUGCAGGCUGAAGAGGAAAGGUUGGCAGAGAAAAGAAAACAGCUAGCAUCUCUGCGAAGAGAGUUACGUUUGCAAGAAGAAGAAUCCCUGGCCGCAGCAAAGGUUGAAUUAAUGGAGCAUCAUGUAAAACAGCGAUCUGCUGAACUAGACCGCCUUCAUCGACAAUUGCAUGCAAGGGCUAAGCAGUCCGGUCUUGAUAGAGAAGGUCUCAACGAAGAGGUUCAUGAGCAGUUUAGCAGGCUCCGUGUUAAGAAACAGGAGCUGCAGCAACGCCUUGGAGAAUACAGUCUCAAGAAAUUAGCAAGGUCUUUGAUGGAAAAUACCAUACCUAGUGAUGAAAUUUUUCACCUCAGACAACAACAACAGCUCUUAAGUGAGGAAAUUCAAAAGCUUCGUAAAGAGAGUGGUCAUAGCAGAGUCAAAGCUGACAAUGUUGACAUAAAAAUGGCAGAACUGGAUAGUAUACAGCAAAGGGUUGAUUUGGCUUUAGCUAAGAAAGCAUUUUUGCAGCAAGACCUGCUGAUGAAUGCUGAACAUUGCCUUGAGGAAGCCCAUGCUGCUACGAAACUUAAGAAAUUGGAGCAUGAAGUAGAAGAUUUGACGCAGAAACUUGCUCUUCUUACCAACUCUACUGACCCUCAUGCCAAGUGCAAAAGUGAACUUAAUGAAAAGAAAGUGUUAAACAUAAAUGAACCAACAGUUUGUUUUGAAUCAUCACCAGCUGCAGGUGCAGCAUUAUCCCUACAUGGUUCUGAUUUUUACAGUAAGGAAAAAUGUGCAGUUACUUCAGCCAUGGAACUACGGAGAAGUCUUCUCUCAAGCUGGAACUGAUUUUAAAUUAUUUAUUCUGACAACAUUGAAAAAUAGAUGAUCUCAACUAUG